AUGGUGGUGCGCUCGCGGGCCUUCGCCCGGUUCACCUACGCCAACGCGAGCGCCAUGGACGCCGCCUUCCACCACACCGCGCUGGCCAAGUUCCUCAACCUGCUGCCCCGGCAGCCCCGGGACACGCGCCCGCUGCAGCAGUACUGCCGGGACACGGUGAUGACCAUCUGGCACUACCACGGCGGCUGCCAUGUCGGGCCUGUUGUCGACCUGGACUACCGCGUCAUCGGAGUCGCCGGCCUCCGCGUCGUCGACAGCUCCACCUUCAAGUACUCCCCCGGCACCAACCCGCAGGCCACCGUGAUGAUGCUCGGUAGGUACAUGGGGCUCAAGAUUCAGGAGGAGGGAUGGAGACCAGGACCCAGAAAUUAA